UCCGCCGCCGCUGUUCCAGUGUCCGCAAAAAUGGCCGCGGUCGGACGUCUAUCCCAGAAGCUCCUGAAGUCCGCUGCGCUGACCCAAACCCGUCAGCUGUCGGCUGCAGUGGCUCACAGCGAACAAGCAGCCAAGACCUGGAAGAUCCUGUCGUUUGUGGUGGCGCUGCCCGGCGUCGCGGUGUGCAUGCUGAACAUGUACCUCAGGGCUCAACAACACAGCCAUGAGCAGCCGGAGUUCAUUUCCUACAGCCACCUGCGCAUCCGCAGCAAGCGUUUCCCAUGGGGUGACGGCUCCAAGACGCUCUUCCACAACCCCCACGUCAACGCCCUCCCCGAUGGCUACGAGCAGCAUGAUCAUUGAAAGCUGUCUGGAGCUCUAUCAGAACUCCCCUACAGGGACCAGAAAGCCCUCUCUCCCCCUCUCAUUUACCUGGACCACUCCUCAUUUUUUUUCAGUUUACAUAACAUCAACGUUUUGAUCUUACCUCUCUGUGCUCUCCACACCUAGUGGAAGUACCUUAUGGGAAACCGUUACAUUUACUUAAGGACCAUUGUAUCACCUUGACUGCUUAAACUGAAAUAAAAUUUAAAA